AGCGACACCCCAGGCCGGCCGGCCUGCCUGCUGCAGUACCGCCCUCCGCCAGCCUGCGGAGGGAAGGUGCAGCCAGCGAGCCCCCGCGGGGACUGCGAAGGAGAGAGCGAGAGAGGCUGAUUCCGAGACGAGACGCGAGCUGUCCGCGUGCGCUCCCCGGGGCAGCAGCUGGCGCGUGACCCUCGCAGGGAAGCGCUCGUCGGCGUUUGUGUGCAGCUGCAGCGGGGAGAAGAGCCUUGCUUCCUUGCCUGCUGCUCCGGGAGCCGUGUGUGUCUGCACAAGUGAUCCCCUGAUGGAAAAGCUGCCUUUGGAAAACAGAGGGCCUGAUCCUGCAGUCCUUGGAUUGGGCAAAAUACACAGAGUUAUGGGGAAAUCAAUGUUCUUCCCUCAUUUCAAAUGUGUAUUGUAAUACUGGCUGCUUUAAUCAUUGCACGAAUUAAACCAACUUCCCACAAACAUGGCGGACGAGGACCUUAUCUUUUGUAUGGAAGGUAUUGAUAAUGCCACGUCAACUAAAACAGUCUCUGGAACUUAUCCUGAUGCUGAUAGUGAGGAUGAGGAUAGUUAUUACAUCUGCCCGAUAACAGAUGAUCCAGUAUCUAACAAGACUGCAAACAACAAAGUCGCCAAUUAUUUCAGCAACUUAGCAAAAGAUGAACAUUACAGAUCUAGCUCUUCUCCUAGAAACUCAUUCAAUAUUAAGGAAGCCUGGAAACAUGCCAUUCAGAAAGCUAAACACAUGCCUGAUCCCUGGGCAGAAUUUCAUCUUGAGGACAUUGAAACAGAAUAUGCCACACGUUAUAGGUACAACGCAGUUACUGGGGAGUGGGUCGAAGAUGAAGUUCUCAUCAAAAUGGCUUCACAACCCUUUGGCCGUGGAGCAAUGCGGGAGUGCUUCAGAACGAAAAAGCUGUCCAAUUUUUUACACACUCAGAACUGGAAAGGUGCAUUUAACUAUGUUGCCAAGCGAUACAUCGAGACUGUAGACAGGGAUGUAUACUUUGAGGAUGUCCGACUUCAGAUGGAAGCAAAACUUUGGGGAGAGGAGUAUAACCGGCACAAGCCACCAAAACAGGUUGACAUAGUGCAGACCAGCAUUAUUGAAAUGAAAAACAGACCUGGAAAGCCCCUCUUUCAUUUGGAACAUUACAUAGAGGGAAAAUACAUCAAAUACAACUCAAACUCUGGAUUCGUACGAGAUGACAACAUUCGCCUUACCCCACAAGCCUUUAGCCACUUCACAUUUGAGCGUUCAGGACACCAGCUCAUUAUUGUUGAUAUCCAGGGAGUUGGCGAUCUUUAUACAGACCCACAGAUCCACACAGAGAGUGGCACAGACUUUGGAGAUGGCAACCUAGGUGUACGGGGUAUGGCUUUGUUCUUUCAUUCUCAUGCCUGUAACAAGAUUUGCAAAAGUAUGGGACUUACACCUUUUGAUCUUUCACCUAAAGAGAAGCAUGUCUUGGAUCAUAGUAACAAACUGCUUGAAUCUGCUCAGACAAUUGUACGUGGCACAGAGGAAAAAUGUGGCAGUAGCCGGGUGAGAACGAUUUCUGGUAGUCGGCCUCCUCUGCUUUUCCGCCUGUCUGAAAAUUCUGGAGAUGAGAGCAUGAGUGAUGUGGCAUUUGACUCCUUACCCUCUUCUCCCUCCUCAGCAACACCACAUAAAAUGGACAUGCUUCACUGGCCUGUGUUCAGUGAAGUGGAUAACUUGGUUCACAAAAACCAUGAUCAUCUUGAUAACCAAAGGGACUCUGAAAAUGGUGGAGACAGUGGGUGCCCCAGUGAAAAGAGAAGUGACCUGGAAGAUAUGGAUCAUCGAGAAAGGGGCCAUUCAAACUGCAACCGAAGACGUGAAUCUGAUGAAGACAGUUUGGGAAGUUCUGCAAGGGUCAGUGUGGAGAAGUGGAAUCUCUACAACUCUUCCAGAGUCCACAUCCAUAGACCAUCCUGUGUUGCAGUGGAAGUUGAGAGACUCAAUGCACUGGAAUUUGAAAAGAAAAUUGGGAAAUCCAUCCUUGGGAAGGUCCAUCUGGCCAUGGUUCGCUACCACGAAGCUGGACGUUUCUGUGAGAAAGAUCAGGAGUGGGAUCAGGAAUCCGCUCUUUUUCACCUGGUGCAUGCUGCUGAUUGUGGAGAACUGGAAGCCAUCGUUGGGUUAGGACUCAUGUAUUCCCAGCUGCCACAUCACAUUCUUGCAGAGGUCACUUCAGAGGACACAGAGGAAAACCGAGGAAAAGGAUUUGAUUAUUUACUGAGAGCAGCAGAAGCUGGAGACCGGCCUUCCAUGAUUCUGGUAGCAAGAUCAUAUGACACAGGUGUAAACCUUGGUUCAAACAGAAUCCAAGACUGGAAGGAAGCCCUGCACUGGUACAAUGCUGCACUGAACAUGACCGAUUAUGACGAAGGGGGUGAAUACGAUGGAACUCAGGAUGAGCCGCAUUAUCUGCUCCUGGCGAGGGAAGCUGAGAUGUUAAUGACAGGAGGGUUCUGCCUGGCCAAGGAUCCCCAAAGAUCAGGUGAGUUGUAUACAGAAGCAGCAGAAGCGGCAAUACAAGCCAUGAAGGGCAGAUUGGCAAAUCAAUACUACCAGAAAGCUGAAGAAGCUUGGGCAAUGAUGGAGGAAUGAAACUUCAAAUGAGGCAGCUCUUGUAUAUUAAAAAUAAUUUUUUAUAGACUGUUACUUUGCAAAAAAAAAAGAUGUAUUUUUAUGUGUUGUUACUGAUUUGUGUUUUUCAUAUUUUAAUUUUCUAAUUUUAUUCUGAGGGGAAAAAAUAUACAAAUGUAGGUUGUAUUUUGGGGAUGCUAUAAUGUAGUUUUACUUAUACUUCAAAGUUGCAGUAUCUAUGAACUUGAUCUUUUAUAACUUUUAACUGUUAUAUGUGAGGAGCCUGAUUAAUUUCAGAAAAAUGAAGCUGAUGUCAGCUUGCGUUGCACACUUUUGUUUUCCAUAGCAGAGUAUCAGUGUGUUUAUUUCUUUCGGUUACUCCUCUUCUUCCCGUCCUCACAAAAACCACACAUUUCUAAGUUCAAAGCACUUCUACGCCAAUGUUUGGUUUACUUCAGGCACUUCUUCAUUUUCCAUGUAAACAUACAUGCAGAAAUUCCCUUUUUUAAUUCCCCUUGUGAAAUAAACCCAAAAACUGACGCAAUCAGGAAUGGAAUUAUGCUAAUAACACUCUUUACAAUGCAGUUCUCUGUAAAAAUGGUAUCAUUGGGGGCACCAUGUUUAUUUUCUUCCUUAAGUGAUUUGAGAUGCCGUCUUUUCAGUUUGCAAAUGAAAAAAUGUGUUUUCUAAAUGCUCGCCCUGAAAAUCAAGUUGAGACUUGAAAGUCAAGAUGGUUUCUCUUUAGGUCGCUCAUCACCAACAAUACAAAUUCCGCAGUCAUAACUUAGCUAACAGUUCUCUUGAUAAGGCAUUCUAGCUCCCUCUCCCACAUCUGUAUGGCCUCAGAAAAGAAGUAAAAACUUAUUUCAGUCAGAAAAGUAGCUAUAAUUCUGAAUACAAUAUAUAGGUGUGCCAUUUUUAUGUAGCAGACCUGUACUUUAAAAGUUAUAGGGUAAAAUCCUGGGUCUGUUGAAAUCUGUGGCAAAAUGCCCUUGACUUUUAUGGGGCCAAGAUUUCACAGAGGACUAGUCUACACUUGAAAUGCUACAGUGGCAUAGCUGCUGCUCUAGGUUAUAUACACAAUCUAACCCCUCCCAUCGGCACAGAUAAUCUUAACUACAUAAGUGAGGGGUGUGGAUUUUUCACACUCCUAACUGAUGUAGCUGGGUCGAGCUGAUUUCGUUGUGUAGAGCAGGCACAAUAGUAAAUGGAGAUUUUUAAAUUUUUUUUGCAACAGUUUCUAUUGUAUCUUAUAGUCCUAAUACAAUAAUCUAAGUUGCAUAUCGCCUUACUGGACUUAUGAUGUGCUUCCUAUAAAAUAGCAUAAAAAAGUCUGUAGUCUACUGAUUUCUUGGUAUCAUUUUGUUCUUCCAGUGACAUUGCCAUUCACAGUGCAUUUAACAUUAAGAAAUACUCGCCCCAACCAUUUCAGUAUAGGGACAUUUAAAGAGGUUAGAGAAACUGACAUGCAUGUAUAUUUACUAGCCCUCUAUUCUAAAUAAUUUUGUGCUUAGGUUAUGUAAAAAGCAUUCAGACUAUAAUUACUGUACAAUAGAUUUAAGCUGUUUGCUGAAUAAUCUAUUCAGCAGCUCAGUAAAAUUUGAGUGUACUGAUUCACUAAAAAAUAGCCAUAAAGGUACAAAGUUCAUCUUCUGUUGUACUAGUGAUUCACAGUCUGUAGUUGCACACCUGAGUUUUGGCCCCCUCUGAUGUUCACGCUAAGAUAUCCUAAAGGAUCUCUUGUUUUUUCACAAGUCAAUAAGAACAUAUUAAAAAGGAUUUUUAUACCUAUUUGUUAAAGAAAAACAUAUUUGUGCUGAUUGCAAAAAAAAAACAAAAAAAACCUCAACUUCAUUAGAUACCGUUUAAGAGAGAAUCUUAGACUAAGCUCAUAGUUUUAUUUCAAGAGUCCAGUGCCAUCUGUACAGCAACUGGAUCUAUUUAUUGGUCUUAUUUAUUCUGAUUUUUAGGUGUUUAAGAUUAAUAGAUCAUGGGACAUGCUGCAGGGUGGGUCCUUUUACCAUCUUGAGUGUAGGUUGACACACAGAAGGGUUAGCAUGACAGUGUCAUUAUUAAGGGGAGAGAGUGUUGAAUAUUUACUAUUGCUUCAGCAAAGCAUUUAAGCACAUGUUUAAGCACAUGAUUGAUUGAAGCCCAUUGAUUUCAGUCUUCCCUGGGGCCAUCUUGGAAGUUUACACUCAGAAUCACCAAUUGUUAUUUAAAGUGAGGUAGCUGGGAUGUUCUUAAUGGGAAACUGCAGUUUAGGUUUAAGAUUUUGGCUUUUUUUUCAUCUAAUUUCAGAGAUUGUUAAGGGGCAAAUCCUACCCCUUCCUCUGUAGCAUGCACAGAGCUCCAUUUGAAAUGGAACAGGUGCAGUUCUGCUGUACUCCAUUUGAAAUGGAAUGGGAUCACAAUGUGGUGAUACCCAUAGAUAGGGGUGAGCAUGCUCAUGAGCAACACUUCCUUAGUGACUUCGUUCCCUCCCUCUGGGAAGCACAGUUGCAAGAAAAUGUCAGCUCUGAGAGACAACUGCAUCAUUCAAUCAUGGAAACAGUGGAAUAGUGACAGGCAUUUAUGUAUAUCCACGGAAAAAUAUUGGAAUAAUGUGCAUACAGUCUACAAGCUGCUCGCACACUGUAGGUACUAUAUAAAUAAAUAAUAUCGAUAGUAUGUUUUUAUUGUAAAGGUAUAAAAGCUAAUCGUAGUUUUCCUUUACAAAGAAGAGAUGAUGUAGCUAACAAAAACUUGCCCUCUAUAGGAAAAGGAGGAGAUUUGAGUGUUUAAAUUCAAAAUAUAAACAUAGGGCUCAAAGAGGGUAAUUAUUAACACCUUUUGGCAUGCAGAUUAAUUGACUGAAUUGUGUUAUUGAUAUAAUUACAGAAACUUCUUCAUAGAUUUGAGGCAUAUGAAGUUAUACAACUCAACAGGCAAAAUAUUGUCAUUGUUAAUACUUUGUCUUUAAAAUCUUACAUUUUGUUACUGAUUUAGUUUACUUCUUGGCACAAAUGGUAUCUUAUAAAUAUUUUGGUGUACAACAGACAUGACAGUCAAUUUUUUAAUUAAAUAUAUGUUUACAGAAAUAGGCACAACAUAUUUUAUGCAAUUCCUUUAGAGAGAAAAGUAUGUUUUUUGACAAACUGUUUGGAAUGAUCUUGCUGCAUACUGUAUUUUUAAUCAAUUCACAAUGAACAAAUUAAAUAUAUUUUUUAAAAAUGUGAAAAAAAAUAGAGGGGGCCCAGACAUGGAGAAUUGAAUCAGGCAAUAAAUUCCAUUGACUUCAGUGGGAAUUUUGCCUGAGCAAGCACAGCAGAAUUGGGGCCCUUUUUUUUGCAUGUAAGAAAUGCAGAAAUUGUUCGUUUGCAUCACUUAUUCGUGUCAUUCAGUUUUAUUGGUUUUGCUUUGCCAAAUAAAGUUUUCUUUUUGUCACA